AAUGAUUGAUUCCGAUGACGAGGAUUUGAAUCCUACGAAGGAAUCUGUUAUAAAGCUUUGCUUGUUAGGUAAUGGAGCUAGUGGAAAGACAUCUAUCGCAACUGUAUUAGCGCAAAACUCAUUCAAUAAGCAGUAUGCGCAGACAGUAGGACUAGAUUUUUUCAGAAGGCGAGAAGAGUUGCCCGGAGGUAGAGUGGUGCAACUCCAAAUAUGGGACGUUGGCGGACAACAAAUCGGAGGGUCUCUUUUGCCAACCUAUAUUUCAGGAGCUCAAGGGAUCCUGUUCGUCUAUGACGUCACAAACCAGCAGAGCUUCGAUGACCUGGAGGACUGGAUGAAGGUGGCCAAUAAUGUACUUGCUACCAGUGACAUCACAGCAGCCACAACCAGCAACACUAGAGAUGAAACAUCCUCUUCUGUCCACGAACAACAAGAAAAGAGUGAGGGAGACUCGGAACCCAAACCCAGCGCUGGAGGAGGAGAAGAAAUAAGAGAGAUGAAGAAGACGUCGUGUCACUUUGCCCUGGUGGGCAACAAAGUGGAUCUGCAGCACAUGGUGGCCAUAAGUCCAGAGAGACACCACAGAUUCGCCAGUGAGCACUGCAUGUCCAGCCACCUAGUGUGUGCCAGCAGGGCAGACGGCAUACAGCUCAUGAUCAAGAAAAUAACAGCAGCAAUACUCAAGGUGAAGCUAGAUAGGGCGACAAUUGAGCAGUCGCAAUCGGCUAUCGCAGCCAGUGUAAAUCCACAGAGAGAACAGCCACAUGUGCCUCAUUCAGCCAAUCACAGGGCAGCAAACCCGAGCAGCCAAUCAAAUACAGCCACAGGCUCAGGAGACUCGUCCAAUAGCAAUGCGUGUUCUAUCCAGUAAACAAGGUCACACUUUUUUGAAGCACAUUUCAUCAUCUCAGCUCUAUCUUGCACACAAUAAUGUGAACUAAAACCUGAAAACUCAUUUUGUAGAUUAUCGACAUGAUAAAUGUAUAUAUUGUUUAGAGGUUUUCAUCGCUUAGCUCAGUAUCAAUGAUAUGUACAGUGAGUAUACAUUUUGUAUCAUAAAGCAUUAAGAGAUUGUAAAAAAGUUGUGAAUAGGAGGCGCUAGUUAUAAUUUAAAAAUUGAUUCUCAGCGUAUUCAAGAGAUAUUUGUCAAAAUA